GGUUCUCUACAAAAAACCAUCAACAAACGACGUCGUUAGGGAGGUUCUCACUGUUCAUGAUAACCUAUGAAUGCGGAUGUAUGGCCCGAGCCACCGAGGUGAGAUUCGGUCUUCUUUUCGGGUUUGGGCAUUCAAUCUGUGGCGAUUGAAACAAAGUGAGAGUAUUGGAGGACGAGAGCGAAAUGGGAGAGACGAGCGAAGAGGAUCCGCAGAGGAUGAAGAGAAUAGCGGCGGCGGCCUACGACUAUGAGAACGAUCCCAGAUGGGCUGACUACUGGUCCAACUUCCUCAUACCUCCCCACAUGGCCUCCCGCUCCGAUGUCGUCGACCACUUCAAGCGCAAGUUCUACCGGCGCUACAUCGAUCCUGAGCUUGUGGUAGAGACCAUGCCUCCUAAUAGUUCACCUAAGCCAUCACGGCCAUCAGCACCAUCAUCCACAUCUUCAAAUGACCAAGCUCGGCCACGUAACUCAGAGUCAACAACUCGAACAUCAGGGACGUCGGCAAGCACCAGUCCUAAUCCAACCUCUCUGCAUUGGGAUCGGCAAACUAUUCAGUUCUCCAUGAAUGCUUGGGUGUUUGUUGUGGCUGUGCUUGCAAUUUUUCCACUGGUACCUAGAAAUCUUUCACAAAGGACAUAUCGGCUUUCCUUUAUGGGCACUGCAUGUUCCUCUUUGUAUUCAGUGUAUUCACUAUAUGGGAAACCCAGAGCAUGGAAUCUGCAGGUUUUGCAAGUUUACUUUCAGUCUAUUAUUGCAACCAAGGAAUUUAUCUACUUCAUCUACUGCCUUACCUUUGUGACGUCAAAUCUUUGCCUCAAGUUUGCUUUGAUUCCCAUUUUAUGUCGAUCCAUUGAACAUGUUGCCAAGUUCCUUAGGCGUAAUUUCAGUCGCUCCUCUCUGUACAGGAAAUACUUGGAAGAGCCAUGUGUUUGGGUGGAGUCAAACACAACUACCCUCAGCUUAGUGUCUUCGCACGCUGAGAUUGGACUUGGCUUCCUUCUAAUUAUCUCUUUGCUCUCGUGGCAGCGCAGCCUAAUACAAACUUUCAUGUACUGGCAGUUAUUGAAGCUCAUGUAUCAUGCCCCUGUCACUGCAAGUUAUCAUAGUAGUGUAUGGGCAAAGAUUGGGAGGACCGUCAAUCCCCUUGUCCGCCGCUAUGCCCCAUUCUUGAAUACUCCGAUUUCUGCUGCCCAGAGAUGGUGGUUCAGAUAGAAAGAAGCCCUCCAAGUGAGGGGAGGGGACUAAACGGAAAACAUUGUUCCACUUGAGAUUCACUGCAACUUUUUACCAAGGAAAGUAACUUAUGUCAGAUACAUGACAAAUACUUUAAUUAUGAUUAUAACUGGAACUUAGGUAAUGUUGGUCCCUAAGUAUGAAAUGUAGGACCAAGGUAUGGAUUUUGUGCUGAAAUGAAUUCUUUC